AUUGUCGACGCAUUCGAUAUUUGGUCCUAUUAUUUGCUGGUCUUCGCGGUUAUCGACCAUCGCUGCUUUAAUUACAAAAAAAUAAAUAUAAAUGAACUGAAGAAGCGGACGCAGCAACAAAAACAUAGAGAUUGCGACGAACAAAAUGCUACGGGCAAUCGGCAAGCGGGACAGGGACAUCUUCGAGGAGGUUUGGCCGGACAAGAGACGAAUUGUGCUGAAGCUCCUGCGGCAGGACACGGUGUCGCAACGUGAAUGGCAGGACCUCUUUUUCGGCGUGCACUUUGUUUGUUUGUGGGACGAAAAGGGCGCCGCCAAGAUCUAUGACUGCCUGCAGCAGGACAUCGUCGAAUUUAUCGUCCAGGCCCAGAGCCAGGUGCAAGCCCAACGCGGGGAACAGGCCUUGCUUGCCACAUACAUCGUCGAGUGGCGAAAGUUUUUCACCCAAUCCAAUUACCUGCCCCUGCCCUUUCGCCAAUUGGAGCAGUCUCCGCAAGUGAAGCCCUCUAGCUCCAGUUCCACAUCGGCGUCCGCCUCCGGUGCGAGUACCAGCGCUGCGGCAGCCUCUUGUUCCAAUAAUUCCUCGAAAACUGGACCCUCCACCUCAGCCGCUGCAGCGUCCACCUCCGCCGCCGCAUCCACAACUGCAUCUUCAACCACUGCGGCAGCUGCAGCGGCGUCUGGGAGCGGGAACAAUGGUAGCAGUACCACCACCUCUAAAAAGAACCCCACAGAGGACAGCCCGGUCCGUAAACUAAUGCUGGAUUCAUGGAAUAAGCAUAUAUUUCACGAUAUCAAGCACCGGCUGCAGGACUCCGCUAUGAAAAUUGUGCACGCCGAGCGCAACGGAGAUGCCUAUGAUGCCCAGCUGGUAGUCGGAGUGCGCGAAAGCUACGUGAAUCUUUCCUCGAACUCAGAGGACAAGCUGGAGAUCUAUAGGGAGAACUUCGAGAUGGCUUACCUCAAGGCAACAGCCGAGUUCUAUCGCCUAAAGUCCACGGAACAGCAGCAGGAGAAUGGGGUACUGGCGUACAUGAAGUACGCAGAUUCGAAACUGCGCGAGGAGGAGGUGCGGGCCAAGCGGUACCUGGAGCCGAGUAGCUUUAGCAUUCUCACCUACACUCUGGUUAAGGUACUCAUAGUGGACCAUUUAAACUCCAUUAUUGCCGAGUGCCCCGCUCUGAUCAGGGACUACGAAACAGAGCGCUUAAAUCUCAUGUUCCGGCUGAUGGAUCGAGUUUUGCACGGAGUGGGAGUGGAGGCCAUGAUGGGGGAUCUUCAGAGGCACAUCAUGUCCGCGGGAUUGGCAGAUAUGCUCUCCGCCUCAGAAGUGAUCACUCAGGAUUCGGAGAAAUACGUAGAGCGCCUGCUGGAGCUGUUCAACAAGUUUAGCGACCUGGUUCGCAAUGCCUUCAACGACGAUCCCCGUUUCCUUACCGCCCGCGACAUCGCGUUCAAGACGGUAGUUAACGACACCAGCGUGUUCAAAAUGGAACUGCCAACAAGCAUCGCCAAUCGCGGUGUCAAAUACACAGCGCCGGAGAGCAAGUGUCCGGAGCUCCUGGCCAACUACUGCGACAUGUUGCUACGGAGAACUCCGCUCAGUAAGCGCCUCACAAGCGAGCAGAUCGAUGCUCGCCUGAGGGAUGUCUUGCUCGUCCUCAAAUAUGUUAACAAUAAAGAUGUGUUCAUGCGCUACCACAAAGUGCACUUAACGAGGCGCCUUAUUUUAGGUACUAGUGCUGAUAGCGAAAAGGAGGAAGAUAUUGUCGAGUGGCUGCGUGAAGUCGGAAUGCCUGCCGACUAUGUGAAUCGUUUGGCGCGGAUGUUCCAGGAUAUAAAGGUCAGCGAGGAUCUAAAUACUCAGUUUCGCAGUUCGACAAGUCGUCACGAUGCCAUCAACAUUAAAAUACUCAACGCUGGGGCGUGGGCCCGCUGCUCAGAGCGCGUUUCAGUCUCGUUGCCCAUCGAGCUGGAGGAUUAUAUUCCAGACGUAGAGGAGUUUUACAAAAAGAAGCAUUCCGGCCGCAAGCUGCAGUGGUAUCAUCAUAUGAGCAACGGCACCAUCACCUUUGUGAACAACUUUGGCCGCUACGACCUGGACGUUACCACUUUUCAAAUGGCCGUACUCUUCGCGUGGAAUCAGCGGCAACACGACAAAAUUUCCUACGAGAAUCUGCGCCUAGCCACCGAACUGCCAGAUCCCGAGCUGAGGAGAACUUUAUGGUCCCUGGUAGCUUUUCCCAAGAUCAAGAAGCAAAUCUUGCUAAUGGAGCCGACCGCUAUCGCAUCACCGAAGGACUUCACUGAGAACACAAUGUUCUACAUCAAUCAAGAGUUUGCAAUUGUGAAGAACGGAAAGUCGCAGCGCCGUGGCAAGCUCAAUCUUAUCGGGCGUCUGCAGCUGAGCACGGAACGGUCACAGCAAGAAGACAAUCAGUCUAUCGUUCAGUUGCGCAUCCUGCGCACCCAAGAAGCCAUCAUUAAAAUCAUGAAAGUCCGUAAACGGAUGAACAACGCAGCACUGCAGGGUGAACUCAUUGACAUACUAAAGAACAUGUUCCUGCCGUCCAAGAAGAUGAUCAAAGAGCAACUAGAAUGGCUUAUCGAGCACAAGUAUAUGAGGCGCGACGAUGACGACAUUAACAUGUUCAUCUACGUGGCCUAAAGCCCUGCUGCUGAUACCGGAUCUAGUCUCAGUCCCGUCUCUGCAAUCAUUCCCAUUUCUAUCCCCUUACAUGCUACCCCUAAAAAAACAUAUCGCCGCGGCGAUUUUAAUCUCAAUGCCGACGUGCUCAAAGCACGCGACCUAAACCUAUCUGUGGAAUUGGAUAAUUGUAUUAUAUGGAAACGUGAUUUGUUGCUGACAUUGCGUCCUAAGAGCAUUUAUAAGACCCACAUCUCGAUUGGCCCUCACUUAUUGUAUUCACAUUUGUAUUUAUGUAUUCCCCUCUCUGUAUUUGUAUUUGUCAAAAGUUUUUUUUUUAUAUUGCCCUGGCCAUGUGGCCCCCUCAAAUCCCUAUGCCUACGCUCAUGCCCCCCAAAACCAUUACCGAUCGAUAGCGUUAAUCUAAUCAACUUACUGUGUUCCAUGUGUGUAGUCCUCCCUCUAUGUUUGUUUCCGUUGUCUGGUCUUCUGUUGAUUCUUGGGUAUUUUGCAAUGUUCCAUGUAAGACUCUCAAGCACACACAUAAACACACACUCGCAGGGAUUAAAACCUCCUGAAGUUGAACACUUCUUCCCUGGUCACUCCCAGGACAACAUGGAAUGCCUAUCUCACAUACAAACACUCACACAAGCGUUCGAAAAACUAUAUAUAAAAUAGCAAUACUUUUAAGUUUAAGUUAAAUAAUAAACUUGGUUCUACACAGAUGAAAACGGCAUCGAUUUAAAUUUUAUUUACAUUAAAAACUAUCCCAGUUUAUGGGAAAAAGAAAACCGAAA